AAAGGUUAUGUUUGUGUUUGUGUCCUGUCAAUAAUUAUAAUCUUGAAAUUUUAACCGUAGCGUUAAAAUAGUGUAUAGAAUAUAGUAUUUAUAACUUUCAUAACGACUCAAAGUAUAUAUUUUGAUUCAAAAUGUUAGACAAAAUGUUGUAUAAUACAAUACUUAGCCAAACAUAUUCACCGUGCGGAAAAUAUUUAGUAGCCGGUAAUAUAUACGGUCAACUAGCUGUUUUUGAUCUGGACAAUAUUUUCAACCCUGUGGUAGAACAAAUUACAUCAGAUUAUAACAAGCCAAAACACAUUCAUUUACUGGAGUCUGAAAGUCAGAUAUGCAGUCUAGUUACUACAGAUAAAUUUUUAAUUGCUGGUACAGUCAAUGAGAUAUCAGGUUGGGAUUGGAAGGCUAUUCUAAGUUCAAAAUUAACUAAGCCUUCGUGGAACAUAAAGAUACAACCACAGUCUUUGAUUGAAAAAUGCGAUAUAAAUUGUUUAUGGUAUAAAGAAGACGAGGGAAAAUUGUAUGCAGGUUGUGGUGAUAAUAAGAUUUAUGCAUAUAAUCUUGAAGAUGGUAGUUUAGUGUCUACAUAUGAAGGGCAUUCUGAUUUUGUGCAUUGCUUACAUAGCAAUGGUCAGCAGUUAAUCUCAGCCGGUGAAGAUGGCUUAGUGUUGCUAUGGGACCUAAGAGUAAAGAAGUCCUGUAACAAAAUUGAACCACACACCAACAGUAAAAUUGCCAGACCAGAUAUAGGCAAGUGGGUUGGUGCGGCAGCACUAGGUGAUGAUUGGAUUGUAUGCGGUGGAGGACCAAGACUAUCUCUGUGGCAUUUACGAUCACUUGACGCUGUGACAGUGUUUGAUAUACCAGACCAUGGGAUCCAUGUGUCAUUCUUUCAAGAUGACUGUGUAUUCGCUGGUGGCGUAGCCAAGCAUUUAUACCAACUAAGCUAUUCUGGUGAUGUGAGAGUUGAGCUGCCAGUAUCAGCGACCACUGUAUAUUCAGCCGUUUACAGGACUAGCCCUCAAAAAGUUUUGGCAAUAGCUGGAUCCAGCCCCGAGAUAGACAUCUGUACAUCAUUUAAUUAUAGAGACCAAGUUUUGCAUUUUAGAUAAUCAUUAAACGUUUUUUUUUCC